AUGGGCAAUGCCGGAGUAAAGCCAUUAAAUGAAACGAAAUCGAUUAAUGGAAGUCGUGUUGUAUUAAUCGAUGACGAUUGGAAAAAUCAAACUAAGAAUUGUGAAUCAUUUGAAGUCUAUAAAUAUGUUGAUUUUAAAGGUGGUGGUUCAUUAGUGGAUUCAUAUAUUGAAGGUGAGAACGAGAAGACUCAAGCAAUCAUCAGUCAAUCUCAAAUUACGAAGAAUUUACUAGGUGAACAAGGCUGUGGAAUUUUCACCAAAUUAAGUCAAUUUACACCCACACAGUUAUUAUGCAACGACAAAUCCAGGGAUACCGAUCCAGAACGAUGUGAUGGAGAUUAUGAUACUGUUGAUGGUGAUGACGAAAAGUUACUAGUCUGUUGGGAUACGAAUAAACGCGGAGCAGUGGGUGAAACGCCGUUACAUAUCUGCUUCCUUAUCAAUCAAGAUGUUCACAGAGCAAUUGCUAAAUGCCUUCUGCAAGCUUACCCGGCGAUGGCACAUGAUAUCUACAUCAAACCGGAAUAUUAUGGUGAAAGUUGCGUCCAUAUCGCCAUAGUUAACGAUGAUGAAGAAUUGCUUAAAAUAUUGAUUGAUGAAUGUCAUGCCAGCAUUCAUCAGCGUGCACGUGGUAGUUUCUUUAUGCCGGAAAGUCAACGAAAACGAAUAAAAGAUAGCCUACCUUUGGAAUUAGAUACGCUUGAAUAUGAAGGCUAUGCUUAUUAUGGUGAAUAUCCAUUAGCAUUUGCUGCCUGCUUUGAAAGAAAGGACAUGUACGACUAUUUACUCGAUAAAGGCGCUCAAGUCAAUGCUCAAGAUACCUUUGGAAAUACCAUAUUGCAUCUGCUUAUAAUUCAUAAUAAAUUAGACAUGAUUUCUUAUGUCAUGAAGCAUACUUCAGUACCUAAUCGUUCUAUCAAAAAUAAAGCCGGUUUAACACCGUUAACAUUAGCUACACAGUUAGGCUAUAAUGAUUCUUUCGAAAAAUUAUUGGAAUUGGAGAGCCAGAUUGCAUGGAAGUAUGGCGAUAUUCAAUGUUGUGUUUACCCACUGAAACAUCUAGAUAGUAUUGGACCUGAUGGUAGAACAAAUCUUGAAUCAGCUUUAGCAUUGGCUGUGGCAGGAGAAUCAGAUGGUCAUUUGGAAAUGGUUAACAGUGGAGUCAUUUAUCGUCUACUGGAUGAAAAAUGGAAGGCUUAUGCCAAAAAAAAUUUUGUGGCUUCUUUUAUUGCUGCCUGCUUUUAUUUGGCUUUCAUGAGUACCGCGAUUUAUACCCGAUCUAGUUAUGAUUUAUUGUCACCAAGACAACCUUCAGAUUAUGUUCGUUAUGUGUUUGAAAUAUUAACACUGAUUUCAGCUAUAAUGUAUCUGGGAUUGCAAAGCAAAGCUAUCCAUAGUAAUGGAAUGAGUGUUUAUUUAAGGUCUUUGUAUCAUGUUCCUACGCAUGCUUCGUUUGUUCUGUCUUGCAUCUGCUUUCUUCUCUGUAUUCCGGGCCGAUUUAUACCUGGUGGAAGGAGUUAUGAAGAUAUUGUUGUCGUUUUCGGUGUUUUAUUUGCUUGGAUUGGUUUAUUAUUUUAUUGCCGUGGAAUAUCGUUCCUUGGCCCAUUUGUUGAAAUGAUUUCGAGAAUGCUAAGUGGAGAUAUAGCUAGAUUUAUCAUCAUUUACGUAAUUUUCAUUUUAGCCAUGACACAAGCAUACUUCUUUAUGUACAAAGCUUGUGGAAGCAAAGUCUUCGACAGUGAAUUUGGUACUAUGAUGGCUUUAUUUAAGAUGACUAUAGGCCAUUUUCCAUGGGCUGAAACAGUCAUUGUCUUGGAGAGAUCAAUAUCGCCAUCACAGCUUUUACAAUAUCAGAAAUCUUAUUGCUGCAAUAUGAGCAGUGACGAUAAUGACUCUGAAUCUAGCAUGCCGCCCCGUGGUCUGAUGGUCAUAAAAAGAGUCGAUGUUAAGGGUAUAUCUGCCAAAUGGAAAUCAAGAUCACGAGCUGCUCUUGAACAGAGAAAGAUAUGGAAUGGACUUUACAAUAUCAGAAAUUAG